AUGAAGAAGAACGAGGACGCUGCAACCAAGAAGCGACCGAAAACAAGUGCUGCACAGAUACGAGUGCAGAAAGAUCUCACCGAACUUGACCUCCCUCCCACCAUGAAGACGGACUUCCCGGACCCUACCGACCUCCUGAACUUCACUCUCACCAUCACCCCUGAUGAAGGCAUGUACAAGGGUGGUGCUUUCACUUUCUCAUUCACCAUCAACACCAACUAUCCACACGAACCACCCAAGGUCAAGUGCAUGCAAACAAUAUACCAUCCAAACGUUGACCUCGAGGGAAACGUGUGUUUGAAUAUUCUCCGAGAAGACUGGAAACCUGUCUUAAAUUUGAACUCGGUCAUGGUCGGCUUACAAUACCUUUUCUUGGAGCCUAAUGCAGAUGAUCCAUUGAACAAAGAGGCAGCAGAAGAACUACGAAAGAAUCGUGAACAAUUCCUGUACAAUGUUAAGACAUCCAUGCGCGGUGGUAUUAUCAAGGGUGUGACAUAUAACAAGGUCCUUAUAUGA